GAUUGACAAAGAUAAUUAUAAAAUAUCGGUAAUGCAUGCACAAAUAAACGAACAUGAUAUUUUAAAACAGUUUUGGGAAUUAGAAGAACAACCAAGAAGUACAAAAAGUAUGUGGUCAGAAGAAGAGCAAAAAUGUGAAGAAAUAUUUACAAGUACAACAAAACGAACAACCGAAGGCCGCUACAUAGUGAAACUGCCAUUUCGGGACAACCAACCGCGUUGUUUGGGUGGUGGCUCGAGACAAAUAGCUGUAACAAAAUUUAAGGCAUUAGAGAAAAGGCUAUCAAAGGAUUUAGAACUAAAAAAGAACUACACGGAGGUCAUAAAUGAGUAUUUACAAUUAGGUCAUAUGAGACGUUUAAGAAAAGAUAAUAAUGAAAUUAAUGAAGCUGUUUACUUACCCCACCAUGCAGUCGUUAGAAAGGACAAAACAACUACGAAAGUUAGAGUCGUUUUUAAUACAUCAAGUAAAAAUAAUUAUGGUGUUUCGCUUAACGAAACUUUGAUGAUAGGACCCAGACUACAGGCAGAUUUGCGUCACUUAGUAAUGCGUUGGAGAAUUGAUCCGAUUGUGCUGGUAGCUGACGUUAUUAAAAUGUAUCGGCAGGUCAGAGUAGCUGAAGACAACACAAAAUUUCAACGUAUUGUGUGGCGUGAAAACCCUGAAAGUGAAAUAGAAGAUUUUGAGCUCUUGACUGUGACUUUUGGAAUUGCAUCCGCCCCUUAUUUAGCCGUUAGAGUAUUGAACCAAAUCAGCUUGGAUGAGGGCAAGAAUUUCCCAUUGGCAGCACCAAGGGUAUUACAGGCAUUCUACAUGGAUGACCUAAUGACAGGAUGUUGCGACGUCAAGGAAGGACUGGAAGUUUAUAAGCAAAUGACGGACCUAUUGGCUAGAGGUGGAUUUAAGCUACAAAAAUGGAACAGCAACAAUGAGGAACUAUUAUCACAAAUAAGCAUAAAUGAAAAGCUAGCAGACAUGAAUGAAGAAGACACACCUAAUAAGGACAUGUUGAAGGAGUACAAACAGAGAAGGGAAAUGCAGGAAGGCAACAUACAGGACAUACAAAAUAUACUAAAACUAAAGGAAACUGAAAGCUUGAAGGACAACAAAGAAAUAGAGGUCAAAACAGAGAACACAACAAAGAUUUUAGGUAUUAGCUGGGACCGACGUGAAGAUCAUUUUCGUUAUUCAGUGAAUCUUCCGAAGACGACGACUGGACCUGAAACAAAAAGAACAAUAUUAUCAAUUAUAGCACGACUAUACGAUCCUUUAGGAUGGAUCGCGCCAAGCAUUAUUUUAGCAAAGAUGUUGAUUCAAAGGUUAUGGCUAGCAGGAACGAGUUGGGAUGAAUUAAUUCCAGCUGAUUUAUUACAAGAUUGGAAUACUUACCGUGAUGAGUUACCACAACUCACUUCCGUAAGAGUCCCACGAUGGUUAGGCACUUCCGCGACGGACACCAACACUGAAUUGCAUGGCUUCUGCGACGCAUCUAAAUCAGCAUAUGCAGCAGUCGUUUAUUUAAGAGUCGUUGACUGCGAUGGCAAUACGAAAGUUUCUUUAUUGACAGCAAAAACUAGAGUUGCCCCAAUAAAGCAGAUCAGUAUACCACGUCUAGAAUUAUGUGGAGCUGUAUUAUUAACACAACUUUCGACGGAGGUCGCAGAAGUUUUAAACAUUAAUAAGAGGAAUAUUAAAGCUUGGACAGAUUCAACUGUCGUGCUCGCUUGGCUUAACAGCCAUCCCAGUAGGUGGAAGACUUUCGUGGCCAACCGAGUGUCAGAGAUUUUAACAAGCCUGAACUCUUCGCAAUGGUACCAUGUUUCGACCAAAGAAAAUCCUGCUGACUGUGCGUCACGAGGUGUCCAGCCAGAAGCACUUGCAGGCAACGCACUUUGGUUUUUCGGUCCAAAUUUUCUUCGAGAGAAAACAGAAAACAUUCCUUACAAGAGACCCAUGAAUUUAAAGAUCAAUUUAGAAGAAGCCAUCAAAUCACAUAUUAAUGUCAUUUCCGAUGAUGCAAUAUUUCAGAAGUUUUCUUCCUUACAAAGGCUGCUUAGAGUAAUAGCUUAUUGCCGACGAUUUAAUAGGAAGAAUAAGUGUACUGAGCGGAAAUCUUAUCUUACUAAAACUGAAAUAGACCAUGCACUAAUGUGUUGCAUUAAGAAAGUACAGAAGGAAGAAUUUGGUGAAGAAUAUUUACAACUUAAGGAGAAAGUUUUAUUAUCUAAAUCUAGUAAGCUCAAAUCAUUGUGUCCGUAUCUUGAUAACAAUGACAUAAUGAGAGUUAGUGGACGACUACAAAACUCUCAACUGCCAGCGCAAACAAAGUAUCCGAUAAUACUACCACAUUCUGCAUAUUUCACGAAAUUAGUUAUAUCAGAGGCACACCAGAAUACAUUACAUGGAGGAGUCCAGUUAAUGGUGAAUUACCUGAGAACCAUGUAUUGGAUUAUUGGUGUAAAAAAUUUGGCUAAACAACAUGUUCGUAGAUGUGUAACAUGUGUUAGACAAAAUGCCAAAGUACAAAACCCGUUUAUGGGUUCGCUCCCUGCCGUUCGCUGUACACCCGCUCGAGCAUUCUUACACAGUGGAGUGGAUUAUGCUGGCCCCAUAAACAUUAGGACAACUAAAGGACGAGGUCACCAUUCUCAUAAAGGCUACAUAUGCUUAUUCAUAUGUAUGUCCACUCGUGCAAUACAUCUGGAAGCGGUAAGUGACAUGAGCACCCAGGCCUUCCUAGCAGCGUUCAGACGUUUCGUAGCAAGACGUGGACACUGCACACAAAUAUGGAGUGAUAAUGGGACUACGUUUGUAGGCGCUUCAAGAGAACUAGAGCAACUGAAGACCAACCAGGAAGGUCUUGCUACAUACUUAGAAUCGCAUGGGACUGAGUGGCAUUUCAUUCCGCCACACACCCCCAACUUUGGUGGACUGUGGGAAGCUGGAGUCAAGUCGACAAAGUUACACUUGAAACGCGUAAUAGGUGAAUCCACACUUACGUUCGAGGAAAUGAGCACACUUCUCAGUCAAAUUGAAGCAUGUUUAAAUUCUAGGCCCAUUACAGUAGACAGCUCAGAUCCCAGUGACCCACUUCCUUUAACACCAGGGCACUUUCUAAUUGGGGGACCGCUAAUAGCUGUACCCGAAUUCAAUGAUUAUUUAGAAUCAAAUAUCAGUUCAUUAAAAAGGUGGCAAUUCAUUCAACAAAUGUUACAGCACUUUUGGCGGCGCUGGUCUCAAGAGUACUUAUCUAACCUUAUGAAUAGAUACAAAUGGAGCUCUCGGGAACCAGAACCGAACAUUGGUGAUGUAGUCUUAGUAAAAGAAGACAACUUACCGCCAAGUCGUUGGUUAAUGGGCAGAAUAGUUGAAAAGCAUCCCGGGAUCGAUAAUGUUACCCGUGUGGUCACAAUACGUACUAAGUCAUCUUUUAUCAAGCGACCAACUUCAAAACUAUGUGUCUUACCAGUAAGAGAUUAAUUAACCAGGAUUAAUCUUUGUACUUUGUGUUUUAAAAUAAUUUUAAAAUAACCUUACAAAUUGCAUUUCUUAAAAUAAGUUAUUAAGUAUAAGUUAAAUAGUUCUUUUUUGCAACAAUUUCAGUUUAACAAUAUUUAAGUUUAAUUAAGUUAUUAUCUAAGUUAAGGUUUAAAUAUGUUAUCAUUUAAGUUUUAAUUCAAAUGUUAUUUUUAAGUUUAAGUUCAGUAUGUCAAGACCAAUUUUGUCAUUCUGCCACGGUGGGCGGUAUUGUAUUUUUAAGGCCAUUUCCGUCAUUAAAUGUCCUUGGUGGGCGGAAUGUUUAAGACUAUCAUUAGUAGCAAUAAAGAAAUGUAGAUGGCGCUGGGCGAUUUAAACACGGGCUAUCAUUUAUCUCACCAGUCAAGUGUAUAGUCAAAUAAAUCAAAUAUUAAAAAGAAGAAUUCAGAUC